UUGACGGAAGUUAGCUAACUAGCAUAGCUGUUAGCGAUAUGUAGCUGCUGURUGUCUGCUAAAAUCGGUUACGGGUGUUAAUUUUUACUUUCAGUAUUAAAGGUGAAAUGUUUAAAUUUAAAAAGGGCGCAUCAAAGAGAAUCUGGGCCAUGGAAAUUUUGACGUAGCCCCCUCAGACUGCAUGUUCUUGUACUUUCUCUUUGCUUUAUGUGGGGCUUAACUAAUAACUUCACUGGACUCGACUGGAGCCCUUGACAGACACGGGUACUUGUAAUUCUGUUUCGGAAAAUAAUGGCUAGAAUGCACUUAGCUGUCCUGCUGUGCUGCUUCGUACUGUCUGCUAUGUGCCAGCAAAUGGACGACUGGCUUGACCCUUAUGACAUGCUCAACUACGACUCCAGCACCAAAACCAUGAAGAAACCUCCARCAGAAUCCUCGACCUGUACUAAUGUGGUAACUAAAAGAAGGGCGUAUACCCAAGAUCCGAACCAGGAUGAGGUGAAAGCCUGCAACCAACAAGUAGCAGAUCUGCAGGAGCAGAUUGAAAACCAAAAGAAGACCAUCUCAGACAUUUCAUUACAACCUACAUGCAACCCAGUGUUCAAAAGGUUCCUCAGUCGACUGYUGAAGGAAAUACAGAGAAUUGGUGUGCCCAGCGAUUCCACAGACAUCUUCUAUGAUGCAAAAAUAAAACUGUCCAAACAAACCACAGCAGAGAUUCAGUCCCUUCUGAACGGUGAGGACAGAUGGAGGACGGGGGCCCUGGACAAUGCUCUCAGUCAGAUACUGGUGGACUUCAAACCUCAUCAUUAUGAAGCCUGGAAAUGGCGUUUUGAAGACACCUUUGGCGUGGAGCUUGACACAGUAAUAAAAGUUUUAAUAUYCAUUUUGAUUUUAUCAGCCCUCAUCUGCACUCAAAUGUGGUCAUUAGUCUCCUGGUUUGUGCAGUUCAAGAGGAUGUUUGUUGUUUGCUUCGCAGUCAGCAUUGUYUGGAACUGGUUGUAUCUGUAUCAGACUGCCUUUGCUGAGCACCAGAAAAAGAUUGUGAAGAUGGAAAACUUCAACGAUAAAUGCACAGGAGUGAAAAGAAUGGACUGGACUGAUAGUCUUAAAGAGUGGUACAGAACUACCUGGACUCUUCAAGAUGAUCCAUGUGAGGAGUACUAUAAAGUCCUCCUUAUUAACCCGCUCCUUCUGGUACCCCCAAACAAGGCGAUCUCAGUUACCUUCACAACCUUCUUCACGGACCCGUUGAAACAUCUUGGGCAGGGGAUAAGUGAGUUUCUUCGAGCCCUCCUCAAAGAUCUGCCCAUUACUCUUCAGAUUCCAGUCCUCAUCACUAUYGUGCUUGCUAUUUUGGUGGUUGUUUAUGGAAGUGUGCAAGCUUCCUUCAGGCAUGGCAUCAUGGCUCCUCUUCGCCUUCAUCGAGGAGAUCCGCCUCCUCCAGAGCUGGGUCAGCGACAGCAKCCUCCUCCGAGGAUUGAGGACCGUGGGUUCUUGGCAGGAGGGGAUGCCCCUGCCCCUGCCCUACAGCAGGUCCCGAGGCACCGAGCUGACGACGCAAGGUUAGACAGGAACCACGUUCACCAGAGGCGGCCCGACAGGUUCAGAGAAAAUCCGGCACCUAUCAGUGUAGAGACACUGAGAAAUGUUGACCAUCAUGUUGGUCUGGAUGAGACAGAUGAGCGGCGCAAGAGACGUCCUGAGCCAGGAGGCCCUGAGGCACAGGGCCCUGAGCCAGAGGGCCCUGAGCUAGGGGCCGAGGACCAGCCGGAGACACGAGAUGAGGUAGAUGGAGCGACUGCUGCUGCAAACACAGCCCAGCCACAGAGCAAACACAYGGAAUCAGAUUCAUCUCAAAGAGAGAAUAAAUCUUUGAAAGAGAAGGAGAAAGAAGAUCAAGAUAAACCCAGGGAUGGUGCAGCAGCCAGACCUCAGCCAGUAGAAAGACCACCUUCAUCAAUUAAUGUUCAGGAUCCAGAUGUCUCAACAGAAGAAAAGCUGACCUCAGCAUUGCAGAGACACAUAGAGACCGUCGGAGUUCCUGUUCAGGAAACGAGUCCGGUCACUGACGAUUAGACAAGACGKUUCAGUAUCAGUGGUGUUUGCUGCUUUUCAAAGGUUCGGAUGGAACAAACRUUCCUAAAUGAGCCCAACGCCCAGCUGUACUUCCCAGUUCACUUUCUGCUGUGUGAAGACACUUGGCUCUGUCUCUCAAGAGGACCUUAACUGUUUGACAUUUUUAUUUUGAUUUACAAAAAACAAAUCACUGGGCCAACCUACUGAGCAGCCAUAGUAAACCAAGACCUGGAUGACAGAAAUCUUUUAAAAAUUACUUUUUUUUUUUCUGUUUUUGGUCAGUCUGUUGUUUUACCGUUUUUUAGUUUUAUAAAUGAACAGAAAUCGUGAAAGACUACCAAGUUUGGAUCUGGUAAUUUUUAGAUUCUUUAUUUUUUUAAGACAAAAAUAAUUUCUUUGUGCUAUUACCAUAUCUUCUUUUUAUUGUAUAUAAAAGCUUUCAAAUUCUGAAAGUCAGCUUGUCUAAAUCCCACUGAAAACUUAUUUUUUGAAAAAGGGAUUACUGCACAGGUAUCUGAGUGGAAUAAUAAUUAUGAUUUUUGUGUCCAGGGGUUUGUUUAGAUUAUGUAAAAUUAAGUAAUUACACUUUUUUUCUUUUUUUUCUUCUUUUGGUAAAAUGUUUGUUUUGUGCUUUUUCUGGAAUUCUGAAGUAUUUAAUUUAAAGCUGCACUAAAUCUUUCAGCUGGUUUUGUUUUACAGUUGACUGCUUAUUUACUUUCACAGCUUUUCUCCUGUAUGUUUCCUGCAGCAGCAGAAAUGGACGUUUUUGCUUUGUUUGAUUUGACAGAAUGUCUCAGGCUGACUUCCUGUUGAAAAAGCUACGAUUAGGCAUCAGGUUAUCGGUUUSUCUAGAUGGCACAGUUUUUAAAUAUUGUUUGCAAACAAAAAAUGUUGCCACAACAUGAAAAACAUUUUUUUUCUUCACAAUUUUCUCGGCAUUAAAGCAGACUGCAUGCAGUCAAAACCA